AGGUGAGUGUAGUCUGCAUCAACUGUUAAAGAGUUCAUUGUUUGGCUUUUGAUACCCUCCUUCUAUUUGAUUUCGUUGUUGUCUUCCUGAAAAGCUUACUCUUCACUGCCGGCGAAUGAUUAUGCAGUGCAUUUUUUAUCUGCAAGAGACGGAACAAAAUCUCAAAGGUUUUUCUUUCUUCAUUUCAAAAAAAAAAAAACUCUCUGUAAUUUUUACUUUCUUCCUUCAAUUUUAUUCUGUGUUCGAGUGUUACUUACCCGAAAGAGAAAAAAAAAAAAAAAAAAAAGAACUCUGUAUUCCUUUUUGAUUUCAGAGAUCUUUGUUAUCUUCUCCAGUACAGCUCUAUUAGAACUCAUUAUCAGAAUAAUAUUCUGUUGUGUGUUCUGUUUUCAUUUUACAAAGCUCCCUUUCUUGGUUUCUAUUUCUGUUAUAGUACAAAGCUCCCUUUCUUGGUUUCCCAUUAUAUUAUUACAAUAUAAUUCUCCAUAUUCAACCCUGCUUGUCAAAAAAAAAAAAAAAUUGUUUUCCCUUUUGAUUUUGUCAAGUGUCAUCGAAGUGUUUCUUUCCUGUCUUCAUAUCCUCUGCAAAAUAGUAUUACUCUCUUUGUUCUGUUUUGAUUUGCAAAGCUCAGUUUCCUCAUUUCCAUUUUGAUUGUAGUAGAAAUCCCUUUUUGUUGUGUUCUAGUCUUUUACAUUUUAAGUUUUCACUAUCCUCAGAAGAAAAACGUGCGAGAAAUGGUCGUGAACUUUGUUCUUCCUGUAGUAAUGAAGAUUGGAGAAUAUCUGGUUGCCCCAGUUGGCCGCCAGUUUGGUUAUUUGAUUUUCUAUGACAGAAACAUUAAGAAUCUGGAGAAGCAGGUCCAAAAGCUGGAAGAUAAAAGAUUUAGAGUACAAAAAUCAGUUGAAGAAGCAGAGACAAAGAGAGAAACUAUCGCACCAGAUGUCCAGCGGUGGUUGAAAACAGUGAACGAACUCAACGAAGAGGCUAAGAAAUUCCUCGAGGAUGAAAUGAAGGCAAACAAAGGGUGUCUGAAUGGGUGGUGUCCAAAUUUGAAGUCACGCUACUCCUUGAGCAGAAAAGCUACAAAGAAAACUCAAAGUGUGGAAGAGCUACGUGGAGAAGGAGAUUUCUCUAGAGUGUCCUAUCCUGCAGUUGCACCUACUGUGGGGACAACAUUUGCAUUCACUAGAGGUUUUAAGGGGUUUGAAUCUAGAAGAUUGAUUAUGAAUGGAGUUAUGGAGGCACUGACAGAUGAUAGUAUCUAUGUGAUUGGGAUAUGUGGGAUGGGAGGGGUUGGUAAAACAACUAUGGUGGAAGAAGUUGCCAAGAAAGCGGAAGAAAAGAAGAUGUUUCAUAAAAUCGUGAUGGUAGUAGUGUCCCAAAACCCAGAUUUGAUUAAUAUUCAAGGUGAGAUAGCCAAAAUAUUGGGUUUUGAAUUACCUGGGGGAAACAAUUUAUUUGCCAGAGCAGGGGAACUAGGAUCAAGAAUAUUGAAGGCAGGAAGAAUCCUUGUAAUAUUGGAUGAUGUUUGGGAGAGACUGGAAUUGAAUAAAAUAGGAAUUCCAUUUGGAGAUAAUCACAAGGGUUGCAAAAUUGUGAUGACUUCAAGAAAUAAAGAUGUAUGCAACAGCAUGGGCACACACGAGAAUUUUGAGGUUGGCAUCUUACAUAAAGAAGAAGCAUGGAAUCUUUUCAAGGAGAUGGCUGAAAUUUCGGACGAAGGUACAAGUCACCCAACUGGUUUGCAGUUGAUGCAGAUGGCAGUUGCGAAGGAAUGUGGAGGUCUGCCCAUUGCUAUUGUUAUAGUUGGGAGGGCACUCAAAGGUAAAGGCAAGCCUUCAUGGGAUUCUGCUCUUGAACAAUUACGGAAGUCUAUAGUUAAUAACAUCAAGGGAGUGUAUGACAAGGUGCUUAAAUCUUUGGAGUUGAGUUACAAUUUCUUAGAAAGUAAGGAAGCCAAGAAAUGCUUUUUGCUAUGUUCUUUAUAUCCAGAAGAUUUUGCUAUUCCAAUUGAAGAUCUCGUUAGAUAUGCAAUUGGGAUAGAGUUGUUUGAGCGCAUUGAUAGUGUGCACCAAGCAAGAAAUAGAGUAUAUUCUGUAGUUGAUGACUUGAAAAAAUGCUAUCUAUUGAUGGAAAGUGGACGAGUAGAUUAUAUCAAAAUGCAUGAUGUCGUACGUGAUGUGGCUAUAUCAAUUGCAUCUAGGGAGGAGCAUUCGAUUGUCGUGAGAUGUGAUGAAGUAUUGAAAGAAUGGCCCAAGAAAGACCGACUCGAAAAAAAUGCUAUAAUUUCAUUAAAAGUUGAUGGUAUGCAUCGGCUUCCUGGUAAUUUAGAAUUUCCAAAUCUCCAUCUUCUAAAGCUAGAUUGCAAUGCUGGAUUACCACCAAUUUCAUUAUUAGAUGAUCUCAACAAAGGAAUGGAGGAAGUCAAUGUACAAGAGACCCAAGAUAGUUUUUACCAAGGAAUGAAAGAACUUAAAGUGCUAGCUUUAUCCGGCUCAUUGACGACAUCACUUCGAUGCUUGACCAACCUCCGAACCUUGUCACUUUUUCGUUGCCGACUUAUUGAUGAUGGUAUCUCUGAUAUCGGAGCAUUAGAGAAUCUGGAAAUUUUGAGGUUUGGCUGGUCUUAUAUCAAGGAAUUUCCAAAAGAAAUAAUAGGUCGCCUUGCUCACGUGAAGGUACUUGAUUUGUUGGGAAGUGUGGUGAAAAGGAUUUACCCAGGGGUUUUGGCAAGCUUAUCAAAGCUAGAAGAGCUGUAUGUUGGGUCUAUCUUUCGAAAUUGGUGUAAAGAUGAAAAAAGAAAAGAAGGUGCUAAAGCAAUAAUCGAUGAGCUAGCGUCCUUGUCCAAUCUGGUGGCUUUGGAUAUUGCUCUAACAAACAUUUCCUUCUGGCCGAGAGGUUUGGUCAUUGAGAGGUUAAAAAAGUUCAAUAUACGUGUUGGCAUUCCCAUUCGCUAUCCCAGUCACAUUCGCUCUUACAUGCGUAAGAAUUUUCGUUUCUCUUCGUUAUCAAAUCAGUUGCAGCUUGGAGUUGAAAACAUGAGUGACAUUGUUGAAACGAGGCUUAAUUUUCUGUUGAAGAGCACUGAAAUUCUGACUUUAAACUCAAGUGUAAAAGGUUUGAAAAUUCUCUGUGAUUUGGUUGGCGAAGAUGGUUUUGAAUGCUUAACGAAUUUGUCACUAGCUGAGUUGUGUGAUUUGGAAUACCUCAUCAAUACAGCAGAUGGGGUUCCACAGAGUGUUUUCCCUGUGUUAGAGGGUCUAUAUCUAUUUAAUCUGGAUAAUUUCAAAGGGAUUACUAGUCAUGAAUGGCGACUACCGAACAAGGCUUUCAGUGCAUUGAAAGUGUUGAGGAUGGAAUCCUUGCCUGAACUGACAAAUUUGUGGAAGGGUCCCACCCAGCUUGUAUGGCUCGGCAACCUGACGUCUGUAAAAGUGCGGGGUUGUCAUAAACUGGAAAGUAUGUUCUCACUUUCCAUAGCUGGAGGUCUAGUGCAACUGCAGGACCUUAUGAUAUUAAAUUGUCCUAUGAUGGAAGAAAUUGUUUCGAGUGAAGGAGGAGAGCAUGAAAUAGCAGCAAUAGCAACAGAUAAAAUCGAGUUUCCUAAACUAAAGAUAUUGGAUCUUCAAAGACUUCAAAGUUUUAUUGGUAUCUGCAAAGCUAUGAAUGCAAUUGAGCUGCCACAACUGAGUUCCUUGACACUCUGGAAAAUGCCAAAGCUGAAGCGUCUCUGUCCUGCUUCAGAUUCAGAGAGUAAUUGUGAUCCCAUCAUUCAACCCCUCUUCAACAACAAGGAUAAAUUGGCUACCAUUGAAGAAUUGACCAUCUGUGGCAUGGAGAAUCUGAUGGAAAUUUGGCCUGGGGAACUUGAAGCUAAACUAAGAGAGAUGACAGUUCAAUGUUGUCAUGGGCUCUCAAAUAUUCUUUUUCCAUCCAAUUCAAUUAAGGGCAUGCAAAAUUUUGAAGUACUUGAAGUGACGGACUGUCGAUCUAUUGGAGUAGCCUUUGACCUUGAAGGACUUGUUUGGGAAGACAGCAUAUCAGAUAUGGCACUCCCUUCAUUAAAAAAGGUGAGAUUAAGCCAUCUACGAAAGUUGACACAUAUUUGGAAGGACAAUUCACCAGGAAUUCAAGGCUUUCAGAAUCUAAGAUCCUUAAUAGUAAAUGAUUGUGAUAAUUUGAGAAAUCUAUUCUCAUACUCUCUAACCAAACUUCUUGUAAAACUACAAGAAAUAAAGGUCACUGAAUGUGGUAUGAUGGAGUCAAUCAUUGGAAAUGAACCAAAUGCAGAUGAUGCAGUGAUAACAAAUAUGAUCAUGUUCCCUCAACUGAGUAGUCUCAAACUCAGUGAUUUGCCAAAUCUCAGUAGUUUUUGCUUUGAGGCUUGUACGUUUGAGGGAUCGUUGUUGAAAACAAUAGAAGUAAUCAACUGUCCCAAAAUGAAGAUACUCCCAUCAGUAUUUCAGCGCAAGCUAGACCAACAAAAGGCAGACUUUUCAACCUCAUCUCAACACCAUCUCUUGGAUGGAAAGUUUAUUUUCAGUAAUUGGUCUCUGUACGAAUUUGGAAAACUUACUAUCACAGACAUAAAUGGAUCAAUAGAGAUGUGGCACAACCAACUUGAAGUUGACUGCCUUGACAAAGUGGCAUUCAUGUUGGUCCAACGUUGCGGGAAAUUAUCAAAUGUGAUCUCAUCGAACUUAAUACAGAGACUACGAAAUCUACAACGGCUGAAGGUAUGGUGGUGUGAUUCACUGGAAACAAUAUUUGACCUCCAAGGUGAGGAAGGAACAUCAAUCAUUGAGUUAGGAUAUUUUAAAUUGAAAUUGAUGUAUUUGCCCAAGUUGAUGCAUAUAUGGAAGAAUGUUUCCCAACAAACUCAUUGUUUCAAAUUUCUAAAAUCCCUAGAAGUGGAGAGGUGUGACAACUUGAGAUAUCUAUUCACAAUUUCCAUGGUCAACGUCCUUGAGUGUCUAAAUUAUCUAAGAAUUGGAAAUUGCGAGAAAGUAGAAAAGAUUGUCACCAGGGAAGUAGAAAAAGAAGAAGUAUGGGGCAAAAUCAAAAUUUUGAAUGUGGAACUUGAAAAUCUUCCAAGUCUCGUGUGUAUUGGAAUUUCAGAAUCCCAAAUUCAUAUCUCCAAGUUGCGUGUAGAUUUCUGCCCCAAGUAUCGAGGUUUUGAUGUGGAAGGGGAGUAAUAUUUACCAUUUGCUGCGGUGCAUCGCCAAUCUCUUUACAGAAAAGGUGCUUUAUUGGGUAUGCUUAUCUUGAUAAAGAAGUUGGAGAAAUAGAUAUUGGCCCUAUUUAUGAAGAAACCAAGGCUACAAGGUGUUCUUAUAUAUGAAGAAUUGUUUAGUUGUUAGGAUUACAUUUGAUCUAUUGUUGGGUUUGUAUAAAUUACGUGUCAUCUCAUUGGUCGGGUUGAUUGUGCUGGCAUAGCUUUCUCUGUUGUGGUAUAACUGGAUUGACUUUAUCAUAAACCAUGUAAUAAUUUGUGUGUGAAUUUGAUAAGUGUGCUUUGUGUCACAGUUUGUAACUGUGACCUUAAGUUCUUAGUCUCAGUUUUUAUAAUAAAAAAAGCGUGAUGUGAGUGUGACUAUUUGUCUGUAAAAGAUCUUGCUUUUUAUGAGAAAGCGUGAUUGUUUAUUGGGUGCAAA